AACGGGCGCGCGUGUGAGCCCAUAUCAGGUGUGCUGCAUGUUGUGUAGCCGGCGCGCGGUCGCAUCGGUCGUUCCAGUUGCAUAGGCAUGGAAAACUAUGAGAACUUGGGCACGAUCGGCGAAGGCACGUACGGCGUCGUCCUCAAGUGCCGACACAAGGAAACCGGCCAGAUCGUCGCGAUCAAAAAGUUUAAAGAGUCCGACGAGGACGAGCAAGUCAAGAAGACUGCGAUGCGAGAAAUUCGCAUUCUCAAGCAACUCAAGCACGAGAACAUUGUCAACUUGAUCGAAGUGUUUCGACGCAAGGGCAAGCUGUAUCUGGUGUUUGAGUACGUCGAGAAGACGAUCCUGGAGGAAAUUGAAAAGAACCCGGAGGGCCUGGACCCGGCCGUGAUCCGGAGCCUUAUGUGGCAACUGGUCCGGGCGAUUCAGUUUUGCCACCAAAACAACAUUAUCCAUCGAGACAUCAAGCCAGAGAACCUCCUCGUGUCCAAGAACGGUGUCCUCAAGCUGUGCGAUUUUGGAUUUGCACGCACGUUGGCGGCGGCAGGCGCCAAGUACACAGACUACGUGUCCACGCGGUGGUACCGCGCCCCCGAGUUGCUCGUUGGCGACGUCUCGUACGGGAAAGCCGUCGACAUUUGGGCCGUGGGGUGCAUGUUUGCCGAGAUCACGACCGGUCUGCCGCUUUUCCCAGGGGACUCGGACAUUGACCAGCUCUACCACAUCAUCAAGUGCUUGGGGCGCAUAACGUCGCGCCAGCAAGAGCUCUUUCGUAAAAACUCGCUGUACGUUGGCGUGAAGCUGCCCGAAGUGACGGAAGUCGAGUCGCUGGAAGACCGGUUUCCACAGCUCGACAAAGUCUCGAUCGACUUUCUCAAGCAAACUGUCCAGGACGAGCCGUUGGACCGGUGGACGUGCGCAGAGCUCCUCAAACAUCCCUUGAUUGCUGAAGGCGCACAAGAAUACGAUGAACAGCUGAGAGAGAGCAUCGCAAAGGACAUUGUAGAUAAUAUGGUCAAACCUGUACCUGGAAGGCGACCAAAGAAGCCCCCGCCGACGCCGUCGCAAGCGGCGUCGAGACCCCCGGCCCAGCCACAGCUCAUGCCCGCUAAACCUCCUCCAUCCAUCGGCACCCCCCCCAACGACCAUGCCACAACGACAACCUCGCCUUCCACAAAGCAGACCCCUCCGCACGGCGGCAUCGCAAUGAAUCACACGACGAAAACGUCGAAACUAGCACAUGUCAAGGCAGACCCCUAUAGCACUACGAUGGCCCCCGAUACACCGAAGAAGCAACCUCAUCACCACCACGGUACACAGAACUCUCGAGUGACGUGGCCAUUGGGGUUGAUGCGACGAUCUUGCAGGUGACAAGGGGGCUGGAAAAGGUACAUUGUUUUCACCGGCCCAUGGCAUCGGCGGAGUGCCCCAGCGCUUCCUCCCCAAUCUAAGCAUCUCAUCGCCGUUUGGCGACACUCCCUCCAACAACGAAGAGCUCAUUCCAGGCUCGUCUCGGCGACACAAGCCCCCCGUCAAAUGCAUCGACCAACAGCACGAGAUUACAGUGUCCGAUGAGACGGCCAAGUUGAUCGACCACCACACAGCAACCCGCAUGUCUAUGACGUCCCACGGCAGCCGUGGGGGCGUCAACGCUGCUCCAACGACGAUGAAGCCUCUGCGGAAAUGCACCGUUCCACCGUCGCCCAAGCGAAAGAUUGCGCCUCCGCUAGAGAAGACACCCCCCCUCGUUGCGGCCAUGCCCCCCAGGACAUCGCAGUCGCAUUCGAGGCGAGAUCGCGCGUAUUAACCUGCCGUAAUCUAAAUACCCCAGCACAAAAUGGGAUAUCGGCA